GUAACAAGCGGUGGUUGCCCGGUGUUGUGGAAUAGAGUGUGUGAUCCCGGCGCGGUCCAGCUGUGUGCUCGGUGCAUUCUGUGCGGUGACAUCCCUGUAAAGUAAGCGUUCCAAUGGGCGUGGCGCUGACAAGAGCGGCUCAGUGGACCAGCGCUGGUUCUGGAACUGGCAAGCUGGAGAUCACACCUCUGAAUGAAGCUCUGCUAAACGACAUCAUAAAGUAUGUGGAGCCUUUUAGCUCCCGGCAUCCAGAAGAGGCGGAGUUUGUCUUCAGAGAGCCUCUGCAAUGGAAAACCAACUUGGAGCUAUCCGCAUUUGGAUCUGGUUAUGAUAUUAGUGACACAGAAGUGAAGUCUGAGGAUAAAGACAAAGAUGGGAUCCCUCUGCUUCUCUUGUCUUCGUCUACAGUGAAAAUCCGCAACUUUAAACAUCUGUCACGUUUUCUGCAGAUCGCUCGGGAAAAAAAGUUAAAAGAAGCACAAGCUUGCCUGGAAGCUAACAGAGACCCUAUAGCAAAAAUCCUUGGUGCUGGAUUCGCCACAGUGGAAGGUGAGGACCUGUCUAUGCUGCGACUGUUGGAUAAAAUGCGUCAGAACGAGGAUGGGGAGGCUGAAGUUAAGAUGAAGAUUUUCCUGCUGCUCCAGCAACUUGAUAUGCAGCUGCUUAACAGCUCUUUAAAACACAUUUCACAAGAAGUAAGAGUUACACCUGCUGCUGUUAAGAAUGAGAUUGAUUUAAUUCGGCGUUUCUGCAAAAAUGAGGAAAGAUCUGUAUUGAAAUCAAUAGAGUACACAUCAGAUUAUGAAUUCUCGAAUGGGUGCCAUACUCUGCCAUGGCGGCAGGUUCAUGGGGAAAUCUGCUAUCUAAUGAUAACGCCACAUGACAAAGAUCCUUUCUGUGUGACAUGCACCACUUCCGGAGCUUUUAUAAAUGGGGGUAAAAUGAAGGAUAAAGAUGAAAUCAUCUAUGACAGACAAAGUGAAAUGUAUAAAGAUCUCAUAUCACUGUUGAAGGAUAAAUCACCACAGUUUGCAGAAAAUAUCUGUAAGCAGGACUUUACAUUGUUUGAAGCUCCACCGGUGGCUGAAAAGGCUGAACAUGUGGAUGUAGUUGAAGCAGAGGAACUGAGCCAAAACUAUUGGUCUAAUGAGUAUCCAGAGAAGAAAGCGCAGGAGAAGACAAGGCAUUCCCUUGUAAAAAGCAAGACUAACAAGACCAAAUUAGAGCCGUCUCUGAAAUGGAAGAACCUGCCUGUUAAUGGUCACCAAGAAAUCAUAAUUAAAACCAAGGACUUUAAAGAAGAAAAGUCUGUAGACAAAAAAGAUCAAAAGGCUGUUAAGCCUACAAGCGCUGAGAGUAAGAAAAGAUCGAACCUACAAACUUCUUCCCUAAGGCGGCAUUCAGCAUUAAAAAGUAAAACUCCCGGGACAAAGUCUGAAGAGUUUAGCGAAAGUUCUACAGAGAGUGAAGAAGACGAGGAGCAACCGGAACGGCGUCAGGAGGGUAGCACCGAUCUGCCGUCAGAAUAUUGGCAAAUCCAGAAACUGGUGAAAUAUUUAAAGGGAGGAAACCAGACGGCCACUGUUAUUGCUCUUUGUUCAAUGAGAGAUUUCAAUCUUGCUCAUGAAACAUGUCAGCUGGCUAUAAGAGAUGUUGGAGGACUGGAACUUCUCAUUAACUUGUUGGAUACAGAAGAGAUCAAGUGUAUGAUUGGUUCAUUGAAGAUUUUAAAGGAAAUUAGCCACAAUUCACAAAUAAGAUCGGCCAUUGCUGACCUUGGAGGACUGCAGAUAAUGGUGAACAUACUCGACUGCCAGGACAAGGAUCUGAAAUGCCUUGCAGCGGAAACUAUUGCAAACGUUUCAAAGUUCAGACGAGCCAGGCGGACAGUAAGGCAGCAUGGUGGCAUCAAGAGGCUGGUGGGACUGUUGGACUGCGUUCCCAUGAGAUCCUCUAACUUGACUCCAGAGCAGGAGAAGGACAUUGAAGUGGCAUGUUGUGGAGCCUUGGCGCUUUGGAGUUGUUCUAAAAGCACAAGGAAUAAAGAAGCCAUUCGUAAAGCCGGAGGAAUCCCGCUACUAGCAAGACUGCUUAAAUCUCCUCAUUCAAACAUGCUGAUACCUGUGGUGGGCACUUUGCAGGAAUGUGCUUCAGAGCCGAGUUACAGGCUUGCAAUUAAGACAGAGAAGAUGAUUGAAGAUCUAGUGAAAAACCUGAACAGUGAAAACCAAGAGCUACAGAUGAAUUGUGCAAGUGCUAUCUUUAAGUGUGCGGAGGAUGAGGAGACCCGGGAUCUGGUCAGACAAUAUGGAGGUCUGCAGCCGUUAGCCAUGCUACUUAACAAGUUUGACAAUAAGGAGCUAUUAGCGGCAGUGACUGGUGCCAUCUGGAAGUGUUCCAUCAGCCGGGAUAAUGUGACAAAGUUUCAAGAAAUCAAAGUCAUAGAAACCCUGGUAACCCUGCUGACAGACCAGCCAGAAGAAGUCCUCAUUAAUGUUGUCGGUGCACUGGGAGAAUGUGCCCAGGAGCCAGAUAACCGCGCCAUUAUCCGUAAAUGUGGGGGCAUCAAUCCACUGGUCAACUUACUUACCAGCACUAAUCAAGCAUUGCUGGUGAAUGUCACCAAAGCUGUUGGAGCGUGUGCGUCAGAGCCAGAUAAUAUGGCUGUAAUUGACCGGUUAGACGGAGUACGUUUGCUGUGGUCACUGCUAAAAAACCCUCAUCCAGAUGUGCAGGCAAGCGCGGCGUGGGCCAUCUGUCCGUGUAUCGAGAACACAAAGGAUGCUGGAGAAAUGGUCCGAUCAUUUGUGGGAGGCCUCGAACUGAUUGUAAAUUUGUUGAAAUCGGAAAAUAAGGAAGUUCUAGCAAGUGUCUGUGCGGCUAUCACCAAUAUAGCCAAAGAUGAUGAAAAUUUAGCUGUUAUAACAGAUCAUGGCGUUGUCCCCUUGUUGUCCGCACUGGCCAAUACGACGGAUGAUAAGCUGAGACGCCAUUUGGCUGAAGCCAUUUCACGCUGCUGCACGUGGGGGCACAACCGCGUGGCUUUUGGAGAAGCCAAUGCCGUGGCCCCACUUGUACGGUACUUGAAAUCCGACGAUCCAUCUGUUCAUCGGGCCACAGCUCAAGCCUUAUACCAACUUUCUGAGGAUGCCAACAACUGCAUAACAAUGCAUGAGAAUGGAGCAGUAAAACUGUUGAUUGGUAUGGUCGGCUCUACUGAUGGUGUUCUCCAAGAAGCUUCUGCUGGUUGCAUAGCCAAUAUACGCCGACUGGCUCUGGCUAAUGAAAAAGCAAGAUAUGGCUAG